AUGGGAAAGACGUGCUGGCUAGUUGGGAUCAAUCCAUGCUUUCUUCGGGUGUCCAAUGCGUUUUAUGACAAUAUUGAAGUGUGCAGAACUGGAGCUAUUUCCUCUCAUCGAAACGUGUCUGAUGCUCUGCAACUCAAACCAGGAAGCGGCGUGAACCGGAGUGAGCAGGCGGAGGGAGUUGGAUGGUUGCGGAUUGAAGAGGCUAGGGGCGAGAUCAUGUAUGGUCAUGGGGCUCAGCAAGAAACGGGGGCAGAAGAGGUGGCGGAGCGGGGCGGUACGUGA